AUGUCGAUUGUUUUCGACGGCGACUUCACCCUUUCCAAUCAGCUAGACUCUGCUCAAGUCUAUGCGAAUACUGUGAACUUUGGAUCUAGUCAAGAAACUGCAGAGUAUAAAAGAACAAGGCUCUUGGAGAGUCUAAAGUUCAAAAACAUCGACACCCGCUGGACGUAUAUCAGAAAAGAACAUGUGCAUACUUGCGCGUGGAUUCUAGAGGAGCCCGAAUUUCGAGACUGGCUCGCACACAGCAACGCACAAGAGAAUAAUGGCUUUUUGUGGAUCACAGGCCGUCCAGGCUGUGGAAAGUCAACGCUCAUGAAGUAUGCGUUCUCUGCGACUCGGAAAAAGAUGGAAGCAACCACAUUCGCUUCCUUCUUCUUCAAUGUCAGAGGCCACGACCUAGAGAAAUCUACGCCUGGGAUGUACCGAUCACUUCUCUGCCAACUUCUCGGACGGCAAACUGAUCAGUUCAUUUCCAAUGUCUUGGAUGACGUUAUGAUGGACGAAUACCAGUCAGAAACUUUCGUGUGGACCAAUGAGUCGCUUGAAUCCUUGUUCAGAGCAGUUAUCAUGCAGCUGAAACGGCCGGUGACUUGCUUCAUCGAUGCCUUGGACGAAUGCGACGAAGAACAAAUUCGUCAGAUGGUGUCUUCCUUCUCCCAACUAGGGCAGCUCGCGUGGCAGCACCAGAUCCAAUUCCAGGUGUGCUUUUCAAGUCGCCACUAUCCCAGUAUCUCCAUCAGAAGAGCACGAGAACUGAUUCUGGACGGACGUGCUGGCCACGAUCAUGACAUCACUGAUUAUAUCGAGGGCGUACUUGAUAUUGGUACUGGGCCACUAGCUGAUGAAGUCAGAGCUGAAGUACAAGAAAAAUCAGGUGGCAUCUUCAUGUGGGUUGUUCUGGUUGUUGACUUGCUGAAUGUCGAGUACAAUCAUGGACAAAUGAAGGCUCUUCGCCAAAGACUUAAGGAUAUCCCUGAGCAGCUCUCUACUCUCUUCCAGCAGAUACUCACACGACACUGUAGCAACCGAGAGCAGGUACUCCUCUGCCUGCAAUGGCUACUCUUUGCGAAAGAGCCUCUUCGGCCGAGACAGCUUUAUUGUGCUGUGGUGGUAGAGACUGAUCAAGACAUCAUUGCGGCAGGACAACAGUCCACCGAUCUUGUUGUCAUGAAGAAAUUUGUUCUGUCUUCGUCCAAAGGCCUUGCCGAAAUCGUACAAUCUGGAUCCUCCUCCAUUGUUCAAUUCAUCCAUGAAUCUGUGCGAGAUUUUCUUCUCAAGGAGAAUGGACUGCAAGAUCUUUGGAGUGAAGUGACAGUCGAGUAUGCUGCCCAGAGCCAAGAUCGAUUAAAGAAGUGCUGUGUAUCGUACCUCGAAGCGUUCAAAACAAAUGUUCUUGGUUGUGAUUUUAUUCUUCACCCACAGGCAGUGCCUUUCUUGUCAGAAGCUCGGAAGUUUGAACCUGAAGCAUAUCCUUUCCUACGAUACGCUACGGAUAAUGUGCUGUACCAUGCUGAUAGGGCGGCUUCCAACCAGAUCUCUCAGUCAGAUUUCCUUGAACAAUUUGAUCGAGUGACGUGGAUAGUUCUGCACAACACAUUUCAGCCCAGAACAAGUCGUCGAUACCAUUGGGACGCCAGAUUGCUGUACAUUUUGGCACAGAUAAAUGCAGCAAAACUUAUCGGCCAUCACCCUAUGAAGGCGUCCUACACCAAGCUUGGAAGGGAGCGUUUCGGCACGCCACUCUUUGUAGCACUUGCUGCUGGCAAUACAGAGGUCAUCCAGUACUUCCUAGAACUUCAUGUUGAAGUGCUCCCUCUCAAGCACCCUGCGCGGAUUCACCUGAGCAAAUGCAUUGUGACUGGCGAAAAUCGAUCAAAAUCUCGCUGGAAUGUUUUAUACAAACAGAAGAACGACAUUCUUGCUCAAGUUCUGGAGUUCUGUGACGAUAUGGCAAGCAUGAUCUUCCUACAAAGCGCAAGCAUUGAGGCGCUCCAUCGACUAAAGGAUUAUCGUAGCGGUUAUGAACGCCUUUCACUAUUGGCACGGGCUGCUUCUGCAGGGUGCUACGAGACUGCCAAGUUUCUUCUCGAAGAAGUUCGAAUAGAUCCAAACAUGACAGCUUACAACGGCACGUCUGCUCUUCACUCCGCAGCCCAGUCAGGGUAUGAGAAACUCGUGCGGCUUCUCCUUGAGCAUGACAUGACCGAUGUUAAUUUGAAAGACAAAUCGGGAUGGACUCCUCUCAUGUCAGCCUUAAAAUCUAUUCCAGCAAAAAAUAGCGAAACGGCAGUCAAAGUUCUCCGCGAAUUUCAGGCAUUUGAAGCGCAACGGCGGGAUCAAUCGGUAAAUACUUCUGACGCUGGUGGUUUUGCACAUGUUUCAGAGAACAGCACAGAGGCUGCUCCAGAGUGUAGGAGAGUCGACGUUAAUGCAAAGAAUUCUGCUGGUCGGAGUGCAUUAUCUGCCGCUAUCUGUCGCGCCCAAGCGCCAAUAGUAGUGAAGACAUUACUAGAGAGUUAUAAUAUCGAGAUCAACUCGCAAGAUGACGAGGGUACGACACCCUUGUCUCAUGCUGCUGCAUCUGGUCAAACAGACAUUGUAAAGAUACUACUCGAUACCGGCAAGGCUGAUAUCGACUCACGAGAUCAGGCUGGCAGAACUCCUUUGUCUUAUGCUGCUGAAAAUGGCCGAACAGAUGUGGUGAAGAUCCUGCUCAAUACCGGCAAAGCUGAGAUCAACUCACCAGAUAAGGCUGGCAGAACUCCUUUGUCCUAUGCUGCCGAAAAUAGCCGAACAGAUGUGGUGAAGAUACUUCUCAAUACAGGUGAGGUCGAUGUCGACUCGAGAGAUGAUCGCGGUCGAAGCGCUUUGUCUUAUGCUGCUGAGAGCUCCGGAGAAGCAACGCUUCAAGUCCCACCCGCGAGCUGGCGAGCUGACGUAGACUCAAGAGAUUACAUUGGUGGAAGCUCUUUGUCUUUCAGAGUCAGAGAUAGGAGCGAGGAGAGAACAGGACCAUUAGGAAAGAAGCGCAAGCUCGAAGUCGAUUCAAAAGACAUUAUUGAUGGAAGUACAUGUUGCGCUGUUGAACAAAUCGACCAGGAAGCAAAGAUCGAAGCCCCACUCGAGACAUCUUCAUUAUCAGCUGAGCCUUUUGCUCUUACUACAGCGGAGCGACACUUCCGGGUCAUUCUAAAAUAUUGGCGUCCGAUGAUGGAUUACAUCACCCAGGAGUUUGAAGCUCCUUUGGCACUUGAAGAUGUCGUUGUACUUGUUGCCGAAGAUGACAAAGCUGCGUGGUGUACAACUUGCAAGACGUAUGUCGAGUGGCGCUGGGGACCAGCUGGAUCCAGGCUUCUGAACUAUAUCACCUCUCUUUUGGUAGAUACGCUGAGCUUGGACAGCACCUCAAAUGAGAGACUUGUGCAAACGCUGCCACCUAUAAAAGCCACAGUGACGCUGUGUUCAGACGCGAAGAGAUCAGCGCUCGCAGAUUGGGCACCGUCCAUAGCUGUUCAGGGAACGUGGCAAGAAAUGCAAAUGAUUGCUGAUAUAUUUGGCUGGCUAUUUGAUGCUCUUCUCCCCUCGGCCAACUCCCUCCCCAACUAUUCCGGGGCGUUGGGAGAUAAAUCCGUGAUCGUCGAGCUCGGCAGCGAAACUAUCUACAGCCUCGUCAAGAGUGUCCUGGAACACGAGGCUGUGUCCGAUUCAUCCUGCUGGCUUGCACUCUUUCCCACGAAUGCAAUAUCGCAAGGUCCGAUUCCCGAGCGCCCACACAAUAUGAUGGGCUUAGAGAUCGAAUAUCCAGUUUUGGUCGCUAUAUCCGGCGUGGACUUCCCUGUUAUGGAAGAUGGAGGCAUUUAUCUUGAUGGCUUUCGAAGUGCGUUGUAUCCAAUUCAUAAAGACGACAAAUCGCGGUCUUUGCAAUGGCAUUUAGAGACGUUGGACUAUCUAAGAAACGACGAUUGUGGAAUUGAGAGAGAAGAGGAGGUUCGGUUGUCUUCGAAGACUCCUCCUCGUAAAUGGUACAAGACACGAGUAUUGAUUGAACUCACAUCACCUAAGAGACGCUUUGUGGGAUGGUGCAUUUCGGCCUUGAUAACCUUUGGAACGUCAAGACAGGACCCACAUCUUCUCGAGUGGUCCAAUGCUAGGAACCAUAGACGAAAUGUUAUUGAAACGACGACAAAUCUCAACUUUAAUCUAUCAUUCCAUGGCAUAGGUGCCACUGCGGGCAAGUCCAUUAAGCGAGGCAGAAGCCAAAUUAACGCGUUCGAGAAACAUGAAGAAAAUCUUCAGGCAGCACUCAUUAAUGCUACUAAAAGCCAAGUACUACUGUUUCGUCAUUCUACUCUACAAGCCUGGCUCAUUCCGAAAACAUCGUUUUUACUGCAGCUAGUGCAGAGUUACAUGGCACAGCUAAUGGUGGACGACCCUACGUUGUCACUUCCUAUACAUUUCGCGACGGCAAGCUACGAUGGAGGACAGUCCGCUUAUCAGGCCUUGUGGGAUCAUCGAAAUGAACCUAUUCCUUUAGGUAGCAACAGUGUUCCUUGUUUCUUGUUUAACAUUGUGCGAAUGUUCCUUCUUGCGCUGGAGAAGCUCGCAAAGUCAUCGGAAGGAGGAAGUGUUAAUGGCUGGGAGAUGAAGGAUGUGAUUGACCCACCUGAAUUCUUUGACCUUAAGAGGCACGACUUUAGCUGGAGGCAAUUACCUUGGUUUGGAGGCUGGAAUCAGUUACUCCCAGAGAUACGCUUGGCGUUCUUUUUUGAGGGAUUGGGGGACCCUAUUGUUGCUAAUGAUGAUGAUAGAUGUGCAGAAUGUACUCAGAUCCCAAAAGCUAGGAACCUGCUUGGCAUCACCAUGCUCAGUUUGAAACAUUUCACUCGGAGGUCUCGCAGUAAGUAUUUAGAGGGGAGUGGCCAGCUGACUGAAAAUUGCUAUUGGGACUGUUCAAAACUCCCCUUUCGACAAGAACGUCGGGGUCAAGAGCACCGUUGCAACGCCAUUCAAAGGAUCAUCAAGACUCACAGGUGCAACGCUCCCCAGCCCGAAGACCUCUCGGUAGGUCAGCAGGGUGCCGUCAUCUUUGAGCCAUGCGCAUUAUCUUAUGAAGAAAUUCGUCCAAGACUGCUGUGA